CAGAGAGGAGAGUGAGGUGAUGAUCCUGGAGCAGAACCAGUCUCAGGGCUGCAGCUCCACUGGAAACCAUGGCCAAACACUGGACUCCUGAUCCCCGGUGACCGGCGUCGCCAUGCCAACUCCCUCGAUCCUCACGGCAACCAGGAGUCCUCGGAGAAGCUGUUAGGUUCACAGGCGUCGUAGCGUCAGUGUGCGGAUCAGCACUGAGACCAGGAGGCAGAGAUGGUUUCCCACUGGAGUCUCCUGCUGGUCUUCACACUGAAGCUGGAGACGGGACUAGUCUUCGGAUGCGUGUGUCCAGCAGCCACCUUUUUGACCCAGUUCCCCUCUGAGGUUCCUGCUGGCGUCUGCUGCCUGAACUACUCUGGUUCUGCUCUCAGCCACGUGCACUGGUCUGUGUUCACCAAUGAGACAAACGUACAGACAGUGGAUCUGUCCAACUGUAACAUCAGCUCUGUGGAGAUGAGCAGCAGUGAGGCCUCCACCCUGCAGAAGGUGGACUUGGCUCAUAAUAGACUAACCACAUUGCCGAGGGGGUUUCUGUCCAGCCAGCCCAGCCUGAUGGAGCUGGACCUGAGUGGGAACCUGCUGCAGGAGCUCCCUGAGGGUUUCCUCCAGGACUCUGACCUCCUCCAGACGCUGCACCUUCAGGGAAACCAGCUGCGCCUCCUCCCUGGGUCCGUGCUGCAGAGACCAGGUCUGCAGAGGCUGGAGCUGGAGGGGAACCCCUGGGACUGCUCCUGUUUGCUCCUGGAGGCGCUGGAGGGAGGCAUGAAGGCCAACAGGACCACCAAGCUGCAGGAUCUGGUGGGGAACCUCACCUGCGUCUCUCCGGCUCACCUGGCCGGCAGGAGCGUGUGGUCAGUGAGGAUCAGCAACGUGUGCCGCCCCGCUGGCCUCACCGCACUCUUCAUCGUGCUCCCACUCUCCAUCCUCGCCGCCUUGGUGCUGUGCUGGUGCUGCGGGAGGAAGAGGAGGAAGAAGGAAGCUCCUGCGUUCAGUCCCUCCAAGAAGAAGGCGUCCAACUCCAGCUGCAACGGCCAGAAACAUCUCAGCAAGCAUCCGCCUGCAGCCGCUGAGCAGAGGGAGGCUGGAGGCAGUGAGGGGAUCCUGAAGAACCAGCUGCUGCUACGUCCGGCCUCCGCCCUCCUGGGCAGCACCAGGGACAUCUACGAGGAGGUGGAGAUCAAGCUGGGCUCGGUGGAGUCGCUCCCCUGCUCCAGCGCCACGGAGGGGAAGCCGGGCCCCCAGGAGCCCGACGGGGUCAGCAAGACGGAGCUGGACACGGUCAGUGUGACGGAGGUGAUGAAGGACUCGGCCGACAGGGAGAAGGCCUACAUGACCCAGUCCACUGAGUACUACAGCCUGGUUCCAGGCAUCGAGCUGGAGGACUCGGACCACGGGGACUACGAGAACGUCGACCUCUCGUGACACCAUCUUAAAGAACGAGUUCCACAUUGUAGGAAGUAGAAUUAUUUGCUUUUUUUUGCUGAGUUACAUGUAAAGAUCGGCGCCAUCAUAUGUUUGUGGUAAAAUAACUUUUACAUGUGUUGGUUUAAGUUUGAUAUUUUACACAAGAGCUUACACACACACACAAGUGUUUUUAAACUGCUUAAUAUUUAAUUUUAUACGAAUACAAACAUUUUGAAGCCAUGUUUUUGGGGCCUUCAAGUAGCCUAGCUUAGCAUAAUGACAACAUGGGAAAAAACUAACCUCGAACUGCCCAGGUUAAGAAAUAUGAUA